CAAGUCGGCGUGCGGGGCUGGUCUUGGCUCUGCCUAGAGCUGGGCAGAGAUGAGAAUUUGCUGCCCGACGCAAAUGCUGCCCUGGUGGUGAGUGGGCAAUCGCGCCGCCGCCGAGCGCGCACGAGGGCAUGCGCAAGGUCUCGUUUUGCCUGGCGGGGCUCAUCACGGCUGCCGCCGGUGCCGGCGUGCUAGACGACACGACCAUCCGUGAUGCGGUAGCAGCGUGGCUCGCGGAUGCGACGGCGGCCGAGGCGACGUACGGCCACAUCUCGUCCUGGGACACAAGCCAGGUGACGGACAUGGCGCAGCUCUUCCAGUACUCGAACUUCGACGACGACAUAAACGCGUGGGACACGAGCGCGGUGACCAAUAUGUUCGCCACGUUCAGCUACGCACAGCAAUUCAACCAGCCACUCAACGACUGGGACGUAUCCGGGGCGACGAGUAUGGUGUCUAUGUUCUCCCACGCCGAGUCGUUCAACCAGCCGCUCAACAACUGGGACGUGUCGCGGGUGACGAGCCUCGAGUCAAUGUUCUACUACGCCUACGCCUUCGACCAGGACCUCGGCAGCUGGUGCCUCGCCGAAGACGCCGCGUUCAGCAGCCACGCGUACCAAGGCACUGCGUGUUCUCUUUUGAGGUGCGGCAUCCACUUUCGGGUGGGCGGGACCUGCGCGCCGACGCCCGCGCCAACACCGAUCCAGACCAGUGCUGCCGGCGCGGUCGCAGCCCGCUAUUGGACCCUCACCGGCGUCCUUGCCGGUGCCGCUACGCUCCUUCUUUAAGCUUUAUAUAGCAUUCGACUCCC